UGUCAGCUGACUACUCUGCUCGAAGCAUCGGAGGCGUACACGUCAACCUGCGCUCUCAGCUGCCACUGCCGGGCCGGACCAAGAUUCUUAUUUGCUUAAAUAACUCGUCCAAGUUUAUUUGAAUCACUUCGUACGUAAACUGUGAUAGCUAACACAGAAGAAAAGAUAGAUUAGCAACGUGAACAACGCACAAAGCAAUUGUGAUUAUUAGCCUAGUCUUUCGUCUGAGAAGAAAAUCCCAAGACAUCCAUCAAUAUGCGUGAGUGCAUCAGCGUCCACAUCGGUCAGGCCGGCGUGCAGAUUGGCAACGCUUGCUGGGAACUGUACUGCUUGGAACACGGAAUCCAGCCCGAUGGCCACCUCGCCGAAGAUGUUCCCCAAGAAGAAAACAUGUACACAACCUUCUUCCAAGAAACAGGAAGGGGCAAGUAUGUUCCACGUGCAAUCUACGUGGAUCUGGAGCCCACUGUUGUUGACGUAGUCAGGACCGGCCCUUACCGCCAGCUGUUCCACCCUGAACAGUUGAUCAAUGGUAAGGAGGACGCAGCCAACAACUACGCUCGUGGCCAUUACACAAUUGGGAAAGAACAAGUGGAUUUAGUAAUGGACAAGCUGCGCAAGAUGGCAGAUGCUUGCUCAGGUCUUCAGGGCUUCCUCGUCUUCCACUCCUUCGGCGGAGGCACCGGAUCUGGCUUCACGUCCCUGCUGAUGGAGAGGCUCUCAGUUGACUACGGGAAGAAGAGCAAACUGCAGUUCACCGUGUACCCCGCCCCCCAGAUCUGCACGGCGGUCGUCGAGCCCUACAACUCCAUCCUGACGACCCACACGACCCUCGAGCACUCCGACUGCGCCUUCAUGGUCGACAACGAAGCCAUCUACGACAUCUGCCGAAGGAACCUGGGCAUCGAGCGCCCCUCCUACGAGAACCUCAACCGCCUCAUCGGCCAGAUCGUGUCGUCCAUCACAGCGUCGCUCAGGUUCGACGGCGCCCUCAACGUCGACUUGACCGAAUUCCAGACCAACCUCGUGCCUUACCCCAGGAUCCACUUCCCUCUCGUCACGUACGCGCCCGUGCUCAGCGUGGAAAAGGUCAGUGCGAGGGGCAUCGGAUCUGCAACUGAUGUCACUGUUAAGAUUAUAAUAAUAAUCAUGCUGCUAUUGCUACAACAGUUAUAAAUACUACUACUACUU